AUGGGCCAAGAAUUGUAUCAAAGAGUAUUUGCCCAUAUCGGAUUAAUUGAGCGAGACUAUUUUGGUUUACAAUUUAUUGAUCAUAUGCAAGUACGGCAAUGGCUAGAUCCUGCAAAGAGGAUACGAAAACAACUUCCUUUUGGACCUCCUUACAGUUUUAGGCUUCGUGUUAAAUUUUUUUCGAAUGAUCCGGUCAAUUUAAAGGAUGAAUUAACCAGGUUAUAUUUUAAUAUCUACUUUUUCGGUUUGUCCGCAAUUUUUUGCGGACACUGUCCGCAAAUUUUUUUGCGGAUAAAAAAUUUUCAGAUUUUAAAUUUCCUUUUUACCCCUUGGGAAGUAUUGGGUUGUUUUGUCCGCAAUUUUUUGCGACAUUGUCCGCAAGUUUUUUGCGGACUGUCCGCAAGUUUUUUGCAGACAACAUUCUUUAAAUUUUCUCCCUUCAUUUGCCUAUUAAAAACCACUCAAAGUUUUUAUUUUAGAUAUUUAUUUUUUGUGCAAUUGCGACAGGAUAUACAAAUAGGCUUUUUGGAUUGCCCUCCUGAAGUAGCUGUCUACUUGGCUGCAUUGGGACUUCAAUCCGAAUUUGGGGACUUCAAUCCCCACACAUAUUCUUCAACUUUCGCCUCCGAAUUUCGUUUCCACCCUUUACAAAAUGAACAAAUGGAAUUGGCAAUUCUUCGGCAAUGGGCAGAUAAACAACUUGAAGGUAUGAAUCCUUGUCGGGCUGAGGCUGCUUUUUUGGAUAAGGCGAGGAAAUUGCCUUUAUAUGGAGUUGAUUUGCACAAUGUUCAAGGACGUGAUGGCUGUGAAUAUAGACUUGGCUUAAGUCCGCAAGGAAUGCUAGUACUUGAUGGGAGGCAGAAAAUAGGUUUUCUUAUUUUUAAAAAUGCUAAUAUUGGAGGGAUUAGGUUCUGA